AUGUCAAUUGUAUCACUAACAGGUAUUGAAGUGCUCAACAACCCUGCCAAGUUCACCGACCCUUAUGAAUUCCAAAUCACAUUUGAAUGUCUUGAGCCAUUAAAAGAAGAUCUUGAAUGGAAAUUAACCUAUGUUGGAUCAUCAGAUUCACUAGAUCAUGAUCAAGAACUUGACUCGAUACUAGUUGGCCCUGUACCUGUGGGGGUGAAUUCCUUUUUGUUCACUGCUGAUGCCCCUAGUCCUGAAUUAAUCCCCGCUAGUGAAUUGGUUAGCGUUACCGUUAUAAUUCUUAGUUGUUCAUACAAUGAUCGAGAGUUUGUUAGAGUGGGGUAUUAUGUCAAUAAUGAAUAUGAUACUGAAGAGUUGAGAGAAAAUCCACCGGCUAAAGUACAGGUUGAUCAUGUCGUGAGAAAUAUCUUGGCGGAGAAGCCUAGAGUGACGAGGUUUAAUAUUGUUUGGGAUAAUGAAGGUGCUGCUGAUGAGUAUCCUCCUGAACAACCAGAAGAUGAAGAAGAAGAGGAGGAGGAGGAGGAUGAAGAGGAUGAUGAAGAGGAGCAAGAUGAAGAGGAUGAUGGAGAGGAUGAAGGGGAUGAAGAUGAGGAAGAUGAGGAAGAUGAAGAUCGUGAAGUUGAUUUAGUUGAUGAAGAUGAUAAUAUGGAAGAAGAAGAAGAAGUGUCGACUUUGAAUGAUAAGGAUCAAAACGCCACCCCACCAGCAACAGCAGGUACAGAGGUAAUUGAAGAAGUAGAUACGCCGAAAGAUAGUUAG